CGCCCAAUUUUCAGUCGGCGAAAUUGGCAAGAGUCCCUCGCCGCCCCCCGCCAGCUAGGGUCAGCACAGGCCAAUAGGUGAGUUGCGACAAGAAGGGUCAGCUAGCUCAUCGGAUCGUCGGCGCUCCAAAGCUUGUGAACCCUUUUCUUUCGCUCUGCUUUGUAUUCUUCCUCUCUCCCCAAUCGUCUUUCUUCCUCAGCGAGGUGUGCAUAUGUACUGGAUACUGACUGGCCACGAUGACAAUGACAGGCCUGCACGAGGAGGAGGGCCUCUACGGAGCUUCAGUCGACGCCGUCGACGUUCGGAACGGGCGCGCAUUUGGCCUCUCUCCUCGUCGAGUCCAAAGUUCUAGCGUGUCGUACCUCUGCGCAGCCCUCGCUCGCCGCUCGUCUUCCUCGUCGUCCUCGCGCGGGGGCUCGACCGAGACCGAGACCGAGACCGAGACCCAGAAGGAGCAGCAACACCAGCGACUUCGUCUGUGCAAGAUGUCGGGUACGUCGCCAACGGACAGCCUGCCGGGCAGAAGGACCGAGCCAUUAUCGCCGGCCGUCUACAGCGAGGAGCCACCAGUCUCGUUUGAAAGCGCCUUUGCACAGGCUGCAGAUAUGGCGAAGAGCAGGAGCGGCCAAGGAGCGGGGAGCCAGGGCGGGGCGAAGAUGCUCAAUGGCGAGAUUGAAAGCAGCAGGCAGGAUUCUGCAGGAGGCGACAAGGCCGGCGCUGACCAAAAGGGCGGGCCAGCAGGCGGUGGCGGACGGCGCGGUGUGGAAGGCGAGGAGGAAGCGGCCAACGUGCUGAAGAGAGCGCAGAACAACAACCUCGAAGCGGACCUGAUUGCUGCCUCUGCGGCCAGCCGGUUCACCAAGAGCAUGAAGAACAGAACCAUGAGCAACGGCUUGCCCAAGCCAGCGACGGCCGAGUGGAACGAGAGCUACGCCGAGGAAGAAGCCAAGGUCAACCGAGCCUCUGGUGGCGCCGACGGCAUCGGAGGCACAUGCAUUGGCACGGCUGCGACUGGCGACCUGGGCGCCACGACUGAGUUUCCCACGUUGGCCGAGAUCCGAGAGCAGGUGGCCGAAUACGAGGCAGAGUUUGCAGCACGGCAUCCUGGAGAGGCGCUUUCGGGUCGCAUCAUCCACGUCAGCCACUACAUUCCUUUUGUCAUUCGCGCGCUUGCCGAGGUCGACUUUGAGCGAAAGCGCGAGGAGAAGGUUGCCGCCACAGCCAGCGUCGCGGCCAUGGCUGCAGCCGCGCGUGCGCGAAAGGCGGCCCGCCAGGCCGCUCUCGCAGCAGAGGCCGGUGGAGGCAACGAGACCGACUCGCAGCACGGUCCACGCAAGGGCUCCUUUCUCGAGGGAAUGAGCGACACGACGGACAUGGAGAAGAGGCUGGCGGAGAACCAGGCACGGAGCAAGAUGCGCGCAGGCAGACGCGCCUGGAUGAUGACACCCGUCGUCGACGAAGAAGACGACGAGAGCGACAGUGCUGCUCCUGACCGUUUUACACCCGUCGGCUCGCGCAGGAACUCGACGUGGUCCGAGGCAAGUGGGAGACACCUCAGCUUCACGAGCACCGACAACCGGUUCAGCGCCGUCUCGGAUGAGAAUUCGCCGAUGCGGACGCCAAGAAAACUCGUGACGGGCUCGCCUCCGCCACCGCCGCCGCCGCCACCCCAGUGGGUCCUUGCUCCUCGACGGGGUCACACUGCCCUCAACAGCGGUAUUCGCAGUCUCUGCGCCACCCAUGCACAGACCUUUGUCGGCUGGCCCGGUGACAUCCACUUUGCCGCCCAGGCCCUCAACGACGAGCGCAAGGACGCCAGCCAGACGACAGACGAGGAGCGCAGGCAGAUCGAAGACGUCCUCAGCAGCCUCGACGAUGCUCGCAACUGGGCGGCCCAAGACGCACCCGUGACCGCACGUGCUGCCGACGGCCAGUCUUCUACGACGCCAAAGGCCGACGGAGGGGAAACGAGGAUGAGCCGGGUGCCAACCCCGCUGAUGAACGGUGCAGAGCCGAUCCAGAGCGGGGUGAACGACAAAGACGCAGCCGGUCGCAACGACGCCAAUGGCGAGCCCAUCACGGCUCACGGGAUCAAGUACGUCCCUGUCUGGCUCGACAAUGCCGUCGCGCACGGCCACUACGAGGGCUACUGCAAGACGCACCUCUGGCCUCUGUUCCACUACCUCCUCUGGCAGGACGUGCCCGGUGACCGGCGUGUGUGGGACGACUACAGCUGGGAGGCCUACGUGGCCGCAAACGAGGCUUACGCCCAGCGUGUUGCAGAGCAGUAUCGGCCUGGCGAUCUGGUGUGGGUGCACGACUACCAUCUGCUCCUUGUGCCGCAGAUGCUCCGCAAGCUCGUGCCUGACGCCCACAUCGGCCUCUUCAUCCACGCACCCUUUCCCUCGAGCGAGAUUUUCCGCUGUCUGCCUCAGCGCGGCGAGAUCAUCGAGGGUAUGCUCGGCGCUGACCUGGCCUGCUUUCAGGCCUUUUCGUACUCGCGUCACUUUCUCUCAUCGUGCAUUCGAGUCUGCGGCUUGGAGUCCUCGGCCAAUAGUGUCGAGUCGACGACCGGUCACGUCACCAACGUGGCCUACAAUCCCAUUGGUAUCGACGCGGCCAAGAUUGCAAAGGACUGCACAUCACCAGGCGUCAUGCCAAAGAUCGAGGCGAUCCGGGAAAUGUACCGGGGUAAGAAGGUCAUCGUCGGCCGCGACAAGCUCGACGUUGUCCGCGGUGUGAUCCAGAAGCUGCAGGCGUUCCACAAGCUCCUCGAGGAGUUUCCCGAAUGGCGAGACAAUGUCGUCCUCAUCCAGGUCACGGCUCCCUCGCUCAACGAUUCUCCCAUUCUCGAGCGGCAGGUCUCGGAGCUCGUCAGCCACAUCAAUGGCGAAUUUGGCAGCUUGAGCUUCACCCCUGUCCACCACUACCACCAGAUCAUUGAGCGAGACGAGUACUUUGCGCUCCUGAGCGUCGCCGAUUUGGCCAUUGUCAGCUCGCUCCGCGAUGGCAUGACGGCCUCGACGAUGGAGUACGUGGUGGCGCAGCACAUGCUCGGAAGCAAAGCACCCCUCCUGCUCAGCGAGUUUACGGGAAGUGCAGGCCGCCUGCGGUCGGCGAUCCAGAUCAAUCCUUGGGCCACGUUCAGCUGCGCAAAGGCCAUCAACUACGCCCUCAAGAUGCCCCACGAAGAGCGAGAAUCGAGGCACGAUGACCUCUACCACCAGGUCGUCUCGCACACGUCGCACACCUGGGCUGCAUCGCUGGUCAAGCUUCUGGUUCAACGCAUUCUGGGCGAGCAGUCUGCUCAUUUCACCCCGCCACUCAACCGCUCGCUCCUCGUCCAGCGCUACAAAGAGGCCGGCAAGAGGAUGUUUCUGCUCGACUACGAUGGGACGCUGACGCCCAUAGUCAAGGAUCCCGAGGCGGCCCUGCCAUCGAAGAAACUGCUUGAAGCGUUGCAAAAGCUCACGAGUGACGAGCGCAACAUCGUCUACGUCAUCUCGGGCCGUGACGAAACGUUCCUCUCCAAGCACCUUGGCCACUUUGAGCGGAUGGGCUUCUCUGCAGAGCAUGGUGGAUACAUGCGCGAACCGGGCAGCAAGACGUGGAUCAACCUGACAAAGGAACUCGACAUGAGCUGGAUGAACGACAUCAAGGGUGUGUUCGAGUACUUUACUGAGCGCACGUCCGGCGCCAACAUCGAGAUGAAGAAAUCAUCCAUCACCUGGCACUAUCGGAAUGCUGAUCCGGACUACGGCGUGUUCCAGGCCAAGGAGUGCCAGGCCCAUCUGGACAACCUCGUCGCGCAGCAGGGCCUCGCAAUCGAGGUCCUCGUCGGGAAGAAGAAUCUCGAGUGUAGGCCUCUGGCUGUCAACAAGGGCGAAAUCGUCAAGAGGAUCCUGUACCAUCACGCCGAUACCGAGCUCGUCUUCUGUGCCGGUGACGAUCGCACGGACGAAGACAUGUUCAGGACGCUGUGCAACCUCUCGCCCAACUUCCCUGGGAGCGAUAGUCCGAGCACAUCGGCCAAUGACUCGCUCGACUCGCCGGGCCCGGAGCUCUCCAAGAAGCUGGCUGAGGCGCAUCACGAGGAGGCCAAGCUGGCGCCAGGAGGAGGGAACAAGCUGGGUCUGAUUGGUCCCAACUCGCCGGGCACGCCUCCCACUGCUACUCACCAUCAACAGCCUCUGGUCGUCUCGCCACCCGCGCCCCUCUCUGCUGCGACGCCAAUGGGCUCGCCGAAACUGCUCAAGCUCCGACCCGACGCCAUCUUCACCACGACCAUCGGGGCCAAUGGUAAAAAGACAUUGGCCCACUGGCACGUCGACGAACCGCAGAAGGUCAUAGAUGCUUUGGCCGAAAUGGCAGGUAUCCAGGAGGUUCCCAUGGAAGAAGGGGACAACACCCUCUGAGCAACUGCUUUUGUUUUUUCCCCUCUUCUGCAAUCUGCUCCUCGUCUUACUCUCUCUCUCUUUCCAACAUAGACUAGCUUGAGCUCUUUCUCUCUCACAAGCACAUGUGACAAUCAUUAUAGAAGUACAAUUGGAUGCUUUCUGUUCACUCG